AUGAAUUCAGUGGAUGAUCUCGGUUACAGCAAUAGACGCCUUCUUAAAGAUUCUUCCUUAUUUGAACAACCAUUUGGAAACCGAGAAAGAAUUGUUACUAUAUGUGCGACUUCUGCCAUUGCAGCCCUGUUUGUAAUCUCUUUGUUCAUCUCCCUUUUCACCUGCUUUCGGCGCCAACUCAACUCUCCUUCCUCUAAACCUCUCUCAUCCACAUGUAGCAGCCAGUUACUCACUACCAUGCCUGUAUAUAUCUAUGGCGAUUCGUCUUCAAAUAUGCCGUCGUCUUAUUGUUUUACAUCGUUUGAAUCCAGGAACUGUGUCAUAUGUUUGGCGGAGUUUGAGUAUGGAGAUGAACUCCGUGUUCUGCCUAACUGCAAGCAUGUGUUUCAUAAAGGUUGCAUUGAUCAGUGGCUUCCAUUGAGGUCGUUGCUUUGCCCACUUUGUCGAGAACAUACAAUCAAGGAGCUUGAGACCAUGAGGAGACCCCUUUGUUCAAACUAUUGGGCCCGAAAUCCUGCGUUCAUAUUGGCCUUCGGCCUCGGUAGUAAUGCCCCACUGCCCUCUCAAUUGUAA